AUGGAGUGGAGUUACCUGUUGGAAGUGACCUCCGUGCUGGCCGCCUUGACGCUGCUGCAGCGCUCCAGCGGCGCCGCGGCCGCCUCGGCCAAGGAGCUGGCCUGCCAGGAGAUCACGGUGCCGCUGUGCAAGGGGAUCGGCUAUAACUACACCUACAUGCCCAACCAGUUCAACCACGACACGCAGGACGAGGCUGGUCUGGAAGUGCACCAGUUCUGGCCGCUGGUAGAAAUCCAGUGCUCGCCCGACCUCAAGUUCUUCCUGUGCAGCAUGUACACGCCCAUCUGCCUGGAGGACUACAAGAAGCCCCUGCCUCCCUGCCGCUCGGUGUGCGAGCGCGCCAAGGCCGGCUGCGCGCCCCUCAUGCGCCAGUAUGGCUUCGCCUGGCCGGACCGCAUGCGCUGCGACCGGCUGCCCGAACAGGGAAACCCGGACACGCUGUGCAUGGACUACAACCACACCGACCUCACCACCGCCGCGCCCAGCCCGCCGCGCCGCCUGCCGCCGCUGCCGCCUCCCGGCCAACAGCCGCCCUCCGGCGGCGGCCACGGCCGCGCGUCCGGCGCCAGGCCGGCGUCCCGGGGAAAGGGCGGGGGCGCGGGGUCCCCCCCUCCUCGCGGCGGCGGGAAGGCGCGGCCCCCUGGCGGCGGCGCGGCGCCCUGCGAGCCGGGCUGCCAGUGCCGCGCUCCCAUGGUGAGCGUGGCCAGCGAGAGGCACCCGCUGUACAACCGCGUCAAGACCGGCCAGAUUGCCAACUGCGCGCUGCCCUGCCACAACCCCUUCUUCAGCCAGGACGAGCGGGCUUUCACCGUCUUCUGGAUCGGCCUGUGGUCAGUGCUUUGCUUUGUGUCCACCUUCGCUACCGUGUCCACCUUCCUCAUCGACAUGGAGCGCUUCAAGUACCCGGAGCGGCCCAUCAUCUUCCUCUCAGCCUGCUACCUCUUCGUGUCCGUGGGCUACCUGGUGCGCCUGGUGGCGGGGCAUGAGAAGGUGGCGUGCAGCGGCGGCUCGCCGGGCGCAGGGGGCGCGGGCGGCGCAGGCGGCGCGGCGGCUGCGGGCGCGGGCGCGGGCGCGGGCGGGCCUGGCGCGGGCAGCCCGGGCGGGCGCGGGGAGUACGAGGAGCUGGGCACGGUGGAGCAGCACGUGCGCUACGAGACCACGGGCCCGGCCCUGUGCACCGUGGUCUUCCUGCUGGUCUACUUCUUCGGCAUGGCCAGCUCCAUCUGGUGGGUGAUCCUGUCGCUCACGUGGUUUCUGGCCGCUGGCAUGAAAUGGGGCAACGAGGCCAUCGCCGGCUACUCGCAGUACUUCCACCUGGCCGCGUGGCUCGUGCCCAGCGUGAAGUCUAUCGCCGUGCUGGCGCUCAGCUCCGUGGACGGCGACCCCGUGGCGGGCAUCUGCUACGUGGGCAACCAGAGCCUCGACAACCUGCGCGGCUUCGUGCUGGCGCCGCUCGUCAUCUACCUUUUCAUCGGCACCAUGUUCCUGCUGGCCGGCUUCGUGUCCCUCUUCCGCAUCCGCUCGGUCAUAAAACAGCAGGGCGGCCCCACCAAGACGCACAAGCUGGAGAAGCUCAUGAUUCGCCUGGGCCUCUUCACCGUGCUCUACACCGUGCCCGCCGCAAUCGUGGUCGCCUGCCUCUUCUACGAGCAGCACAACCGCCCGCGCUGGGAGGCCACGCACAACUGCCCGUGCCUGCGGGACCUGCAGCCGGACCAGGCGCGCAGGCCUGAUUAUGCGGUGUUCAUGCUCAAGUACUUCAUGUGCCUGGUCGUGGGCAUCACCUCAGGUGUGUGGGUCUGGUCAGGCAAGACGCUGGAGUCGUGGCGGGCCCUGUGCACUCGCUGCUGCUGGGCCAGCAAGGGUGCCGCGGUGGGCGGAGGUGCGGGCGUGAGAGACGCUGGCGGGCCGGGCGGGGGCGGGGGCGCCGGCGGGGGACCGGGCGGGGGAGCGGGCUCGCUCUACAGUGACGUCAGCACAGGCCUGACGUGGCGAUCUGGCACUGCCAGCUCACUGUCUUACCCAAAGCCGAUGCCAUUGUCCCAAGUCUGA